AUGGACCUCAACUACUCUCAUGACCUGAUCAGGAUUCUGAACCUGUCUAGUAUUGCCCCAAAUCUCGAGUUUUUAUAUUUGAAAGAUUGUUUGAGUUUGGUUGAAAUUCCCUCUCUUCAAAAUCUGAGCAAGCUUACUGAACUUGAUCUAACUGGACCCAAUAAAAUCAAAGAUUGUCCAGAGAUUCCGUGUAAUAUAAGGAUUCUAAAAUUAGACGGAACUGGAAUAGAACAACUGCCCUCAUCAAUUAAGCAUCUGUCUCAACUUGUCAUAUUGUCCUUGGAUCGGUGUACAGCACUCGAGAGUCUUCCAAGCAGCAUUGGCAAUUUGAAACGUCUUGAAGAACUUUAUCUAUCUGAAUGUUCAAGACUCGUGACUAUUCCAAGCAGCAUAGGCGAGUUGAAAUGUCUUUCGAAGUUGAAACUGCUUGAUUUAGAAAGUUGCGAGAGACUUAAAAGUUUACCAGGGCUUCCAUCAUGCUUAGAAUUAUUACAUGCAAUUAAUUGCCACUCUCUAGAAUCUGCAUCAAUUUCUUUCAAUUUCUUAGAACAUGAAGAUGAAAAUGAAGAAGCAUAUAAAAGUGAAUCUGAAGAUUGCAAAUUUCUUGAUUUUUGUAAUUGCGUCAAAUUGAAUAAGAAAGUAAUGGAGGAUGUUUUUGAAGCGCACAAGUUGGGUCAGAAAGUUACAUUAUUGAUGGCAGGAGGUGAAGUGCCAGAAAGGAUGAGGUAUAAGAAUAAAGGAUCCUCGCUUUCCUUCAAACUUGACCUUCGUCACGUAAUUGCCUUCUCUUUCUGCGUUGUUCUUCGUCCCUAUGGUGAAGUUGAUUUUCCUGGAUUUGAAGUGGAUUUCACAUGUGAAUCUGGAAAUAGGCGGGAACGUAAUGCGUUCAACUUAUUUAGCGAUAAGGACGUUGCGAAUUGGAAUGGUUAUUAUGGAGGUCCGUAUCCGUAUCUUUCGGACUUAUCACACGUGUUGCUUUCAUUCAAUGGAUUGAGGACACGUUUUGAUGAAGAGUGUUUCGUUGAGGCCUCAUUUUGCUUCAACACUGACUAUUACAUGGAUCGGCCGGAAAUUAUGGAGUGUGGGGUCCAUCCUAUAUAUAGUAGAGAUAAAAGAAUAAAUAAUGAGGAGGAGGCUUCUUCUUCUUCUUCACUCGAUCUAAAUCUCUCUCUAUGUCUUCCUGCUUCCUCUUAA